AAAUAAACUCUUACUUUUUCUACUACAUAAUACAAUAUGGCCACACCCAGUAGUACCAGCGACACUGCUUCUUCACUGACAGCAGAACAGAAGAAACGAAUUGAAGAGAACAAGGCUAAAGCACUUGAACGAUUACGAUCGAAACGACCUCAUGAUGAUGCCGCAGCUGCAGGAUCCAGUUCAAGUAAUGAACAACAACGGCCAUUACCAAAACGAGCACGGUGGACAAAGUACUAUGAUUAUGAUUUGAGCAACAUGGUCGAUUCCAAAGGCGGUUUUAUAGUCGAAGAAACAAAACAAGACAAGCUGAUUCAACAACGAAAAGAUCAAGCAACUAAACUUUCGCCAUUUAUACCAAUGUCGGCCGAUCCUGCUGAAAAUCCAAAAUGCCGAGACUGCGGAUCAAUGGAUAUCGACCCAAUCUUUUACCAAGUGUUUAAACUGUCUGUAUGUGUUGCGUGCAAGGAAAAGUUUCCGGAAAGGUAUAGUUUAAUUACCAAGACUGAGGCAAAGGAGGAUUACUUACUGACAGAUCCUGAAUUAAGGGAUCCCGAUCUGCUCCCUCACUGGUCAAAGCCCAAUCCACGAAAAUCGACAUGGAACAACAUGAUGCUAUAUGUUCGUGAAAUGGUAGAAGAAUAUGCGUUCAAGAAAUGGGGAAGCGAAGAAGGAUUAGAUGCUGAAUACGAGCGACGUGAAUCACAAAAGAAUGAUAAAAAGGAUAAAAAGUUCAAGGAAAAAUUAGCUGAUCUUAGGAGGAGAACGAUGACUAGUACUUGGGAAAGAAAAAGACAACAAGGUCCACACAAGCAUGUGUUUGGCACACCUAAAGAAGACCCAGAGACGGGCCUGACGACAGAAACUUGCCAAGAAUGUGGAUUGUCGGUUGAAUCCGAGGAGCUGUAAUAUAAUGACAAUUCAUGAUGUAAAUAUAUAUUCUAUGUACAAUGACUUAUUGUCAUCUAUUGCUUUCAUAUUAAGAAGCAGGAGUUGUUUUAGACACACACACAUACGUAAAAUUUGGAAUAAAUAAAACCGUUGUACAUAAUUUUGAAGUGUAUGUGAU